AAUGACUCGUUCGACACGGCGAUCACUGCCGUCGAAGAAGUCUAUACUGCCCGUGCAAAUAUGCCCGGAGCCAGAGACGUGGACGAGGAUUAUCAAAAUGGCCCGCAGAGUAUGAUUAACAAGUGGCGUGGCGUUUCGGUCCCUAUGCCUUCUUGGGAUGCUGCGAGUGGCAUCAUUGAUGCCGGUCUGAACAAGGGUGCCAUUGACGAUCGCAAGAUGUUGCUCGAGACGGCGUUGACGACUAUGUCGUCGUUGCCCAAGAGCGGCCUUGCCGAUGCGCUCAACCAAAAGACUAUUGCGCUGCUCUACCGCGACCUCCCUCACCCUCCUGCAUCCUUUAUUGGCAACAAGUACGCCUGGCGUCAGCCCGACGGAUCCCACAACAACCCACACAACCCAGACCUCGGCAAAGCCGGCACAUUCUAUGCUCGCUCGGUACAAGGCCAAACCCCCAUGCCACUCGCCGAACAACCCGACCCGGGUCUCAUUUUCGACACGCUGUUGCGCCGCGAAAAGUUCAAGCCUCACCCGAGUGGCAAUAGUGCGAUGAUGUUUGGGUUUGCGACCUUGGUCAUCCACUCGUGUUUCCGUACGAACCACGACGACUGGACGAUCAACGAUACGUCGUCCUAUGUCGACCUGUCGCCAUUGUAUGGUAACAAGGAGGAGGAUUUGAACAAGUUGCGGAGGUUUGAUGGCACGGGGUUGAUGUGGAAUGAUGUGUUUGCCGAGGAUAGACUGUUGUUCCUCCCACCCAUCAGUUGUGCGCUCUUGGUCCUGUUUUGCAGGAACCAUAACUAUAUCGCGACCAAGUUGUUGGAGAUUAACGAAAAGAAAAAGUGGACCAAUCCCCCUCCCAAGGACCCCAAGGCUCUGAGGGACCAAGAUGAUGAAAUUUUCAAUAUCGCGAGGCUCAUCAAUUGUGCUUGGUUUGCGGGUAUCGUCUUUUCCGACUACCUCGCCGCCAUCUUGGGUUUGUCUCGUGAUGCCAACCCAUGGUCCAUGGACCCCUUCUCCGAGAUCCGUAACGACGACCAUACGAUGGUCGAGCGUGGUCAGGGUAAUGCUAACUCUGUCGAAUUCAACUUGCUCUACCGCUGGCACGCCACCCUCUCGGAGCCUGAUGUCUCAUGGCUCGAGCGCAUGUUUUCUGCUAGCUUUGGCAAGCCCCCAGAGGAA